UCGGAAAAUGACGAAAACUCGCACGAAUUUUCACGAUAACUCUACAGUAUUUAUUUUUAAGAUAUAAUUAGCUAAAUUGUAAGUUUUAAUGUGCAAAAUUAGCGAAAAUUGUGUUAAAAAUCGUCCCCAAAGCCAGAUGCUGUGAAUAACAAAAAAAAAAAACCCUCUCGAAUCCACGUCAUUGAUAAGAACUUUUUUACUCUGUCGUAGCAAGUUUUGUGUGUUAUAAGCGUCGCGCUUUGCAUUUAUCACUUAGUUCUGACUUGCGUUCCAACGAAGAGAGAGAUACGUUCUAAAGAAAUCUAUCACAAAGUUUGCGGACGUGGAAAAAUUCAUUUAGUUAAGAAAAAAAAAUAAUUUAUUUUGUAACUAACAAAAAAUUACGAAGAGAUGCCUUUGACUGUUCUCGUGUCUGGUGGCGCAGGAUACAUCGGGUCACACACCGUACUCGAACUGCUGAAUGCCGGACAUUCCGUUAUCUGCUUGGACAAUUUGCAUAAUGCGUAUUGCGAGGAUGGCGUCAAGAUGCCGGAAGCGCUGAAACGUGUGCAAGACAUCACGGGCAAGUCGGUGUUGUUCUACAAUGUUGACAUACGAGAUAAGGAGGCAUUGAGUGAGGUUUUUAAGAAGCACAAAAUCGACUGCGUCGGGCACUUUGCCGCCCUGAAAGCCGUUGGCGAGUCAUGUCAAAUCCCCCUGCAAUAUUAUCAGAACAACAUCACCGGCACAAAUAUCUUGCUCGAAGUCAUGAAAGAAGCGAAUUGCUACAAUCUCGUCUACAGUUCGAGUGCCACGGUCUACGGCGAUCCACAAUUUCUUCCAAUAACCGAAGAUCAUCCCACGGGCGGAUGCACAAAUCCCUAUGGCAAGACCAAAUUCUUCACCGAGGAGAUUUUGAAGGAUAUUUGUGCGGCAGACAACAAGUGGCAUGUCGUGUCGUUGCGAUAUUUUAAUCCAGUUGGCGCCCAUCCAUCGGGAAAAAUUGGCGAAGAUCCCAACGGAAUCCCGAAUAAUCUCAUGCCGUACAUUUGUCAAGUGGCGGUCGGGCGUCGCAAGUGUUUGCAAGUUUUUGGCACGGACUACAAUACGCCCGAUGGCACGGGAGUACGUGAUUAUAUUCAUAUCGUGGAUUUGGCUCAAGGUCAUUUGAAUGCCUUGGAUAAACUCGGACGUGGUGAAAUUCAGGGUUUUGUCGCGUACAAUCUCGGAACCGGAAACGGGUAUUCCGUGUUGGAUGUCGUAAAAGCAUUCUCGGAAGCGUCUGGGAAAGAAAUUAAAUAUGAAUUAGCAGCAAGACGACCGGGAGACAUUGCAAGUGCCUAUGCCGAUCCAACGUUGGCAGCAAAAGAACUCGGAUGGCGCGCAAAAUUGGGAUUGAAAGAAAUGUGCGUCGAUGCCUGGAGAUGGCAGAGCAACAAUCCAAACGGAUAUAUGAAGAAAUGACUAACCGACAGCUGCGGUGACCAAGAAGAAACGAAUAUUAAAUCGAAUACAUCGAUUGCGGUUUUAUCCAAUUUGUGAAAUAUGAAUUCCUUUAUUGACAUUU